AUGCAGAGCCAAAGAGAAUUGGUUCCUUGGACCGACAACAGCGCCCCACAAGCGCAGAACGUGUCGCUUUAUAACUCGUACCCCGACUCGCCGUCCUCUGAGCCACCAACUGGGGAGGAAGAGGACGCUGACGGGUUUGAGCUAAGCCAGCUCAGCCUUGACGAGGUGCUCGACGAACUCUUUAUACGCUUCAUCCAUAACCUGCCUGAGAGGGAGCGGACGAUCGACCGCUUACACUGGUCGGCAGAGGAGGCGCACUGGUUCUACGAGGACUACGUGCGGCCAUCGAAUCCAACUCUUCCAGCCCUCACCCAGAAGGAGUUUACAAAACAGAUCCUUGAGCUCGACGACUCGUACCGCGACCAGUAUGACUUUGAUGAGGAAUGGAGGAGUUUCUUAAAGUACAAGAAGGUGGUGCCGUGCUGUGGCGGCAUUCUGCUCAACCGCACCGGCGACAAGGCGUUAAUGGUGCGAGGGUGGAAGAACGCGACCUGGGGCUUUCCACGAGGCAAGAUCAACAAGAACGAGUCGCCGGAAGCUUGUGCCGUUCGCGAGGUCCUAGAGGAGACUGGCUACGACAUGGCGCCCUUGUUACAGCCCAACGAGUUCCUCAAGACGUUUAUCAACGCCCAGGAUGUCACCAUGUACCUUGUCCUCGGGGUCGACGAGAACACUGUGUUCAAGACGAAGACGAAGAAGGAGAUCGGUAAGAUCGAAUGGGUUCCCGUGCUCGAUCUGCCGACUUGGACGAAACAGCGCAACCAGAAGCCCGUCGCUGGUGGCAAGCCCAAGCGAUUCUUCAACGUCACUCCUUUCGUCAGUGGCAUCAAGACGUUCCUCAAGAAGAACGGCAUCACGAACCAGCCGCGAAAGAAAGUACGCGGUGGUGGCGUGCGGCAGCAAGGCGGUCGGGAACUGCAACCGUUCGCAUUCGAGGCAGGGCCAUCCAAGGUCCUGCGCGAGCUGCAACCCUUCUCGUUCAACGAGGCGCCCAAGCCCAUUCCAACUGACCAGCCCGCAACCGCGAUGGAUCACCUGUUUGACAAGUUCAUCAUCAACAAGGACCGGAACGACAAGCCAGCCCCACCGGCCCAAACGGCAGAGGACCAAAACGACGACGACGUGCUCGCGCGUCUUCUGGGCAAUAUCGGACCUGUUUCUCACACUCCACCCACUCACACUGCAGGGCCCUAUGCCUCACCCACCAAUGUCGCUGCUGCACACGCCGGGCCCUUCCUCCCCCCGCAUGAUACAAAGCAGGCCAAGCUCCUUCAAGUCAUCCAGCAUUCCCCACAGCCCGCUCCGCCGUCAUCACCGCCAAAUCAACAGCGCUCGGCACACCAGAACAGUCUACUGGCGGUGCUAGGCUCGCCGACAAAGCCCGUGCCCGCGCUGGUGUCUGCUUACACUCCACAGCCAUCUGUGUUGAGCGACGACGAGGAGCGCGCUCAGCGCCAGCGCGCCUUGCUCGAGAGCACGCUUCUAGGCUAUCCACCUUCGCCGUUGAGCGCACUUGGGCACUCGCGCGGGGCGUCGCAUGGUCCAAGCCCCUUCGGGCCCUCGCCGAUACCCCAGAGCUGGUCUCCGUACCCACCCUCACAGCCCUCGGAGCAGUCUCCGUUCCAACCUUCGCAACCCCCGCAGACCCAGUCUGCGCAGCCGCCGCCCGUUCCCCAGGUCCGGCCUCAGCAGUACGAGUACGCUGCACAGCCGAAUCAACAGCCGCCGUCCCCACCCCGCCAGGUGCCCCAGAACGAGCAUCAGCGCAACCUCCUCGGCACACUGUUUGGGAAGACACCCCAGGCGCCGGCUCAGGACCCCGUUCCCACAAACUAUGGGCAGCCGACACACGUGCCCGCCCCUCCACACUACGCCUCCGCUCGGCCCGCUGGCCAGCCUCCCGCGCCUACCAGCUACGGCCAGCAGAGCCAGCCUCCCGCGCCUGCCAGCUACGGCCAGCAGAGCCAGCCUCCCGCGCCUACCAGCUACGGUCAGCAAAGCCAGGCCCCUGCGCAAGCAGGCUACAGCCAACCUGGUCAGCAGCCCAACCCCGCCUAUGUCCAGCCUGGUCAGCAGUCCUACGCCCAGUAUGGUCAGCCAGGUCCCCAGCCUAACUGCAAUUUCAGCCAGGCAAGUCAACCUCCCGCGCCUGUGAACUAUGGCCAGCAGAGCCAGCAGCCCAAUGCCAACUUUAUUUCGGCGCAGCGCGGCGCCCCGCCGCCCGGCUACUACGGACACCAGCGCCAGCUGAGCGGUGGCUUGCCUGGUCAGCCAGGACAGGGCCGUCCCAUUGGCGCCCCCAUUGGCCUACCCGGCCAGCCAGGCCAGCCCCUCGCUCCCGCCGGCUGGAACAUGCAGCAGCAAUUCCAGUUUGCGAACCAAGGAUUCUCUAGCCAGCCAGGUCAGCCUGGACAGGCGCCACCCCAACACCAAAUGGGCCAGGGUUACCAGCACUACUCGCCUCAACAGGCUCAGCAGGGGUACCAGCCCCAACAGCAAUACCAGCAGCCCCAGCAGCAGCUUCAACAGCCGCAACAACCGAACGCGCAGACGUCCCCGGCUAUGCAUCAGCCCAUUCCACGUCCGCCUGUGAGUGGGUCGUUACUUGGCCUCGCGGCUGGUCGUUAG